UUGGCAAAUAUGCACAUUUGCUAUUGCAUUUUAAGUCACAGUAGAAGACAUGCUUCCUAGCCCCCUUCCCAUAAAGUAUCGCUAAAUGUGGUUUAGCACAAGUGUUGUUCCCAGUACCCCAAGCCCUAAUCAAGUAUCCCUCGACUCGGGCACACAGGUCUGCAAGGCGGUCGGUCCUGCCAAUCAAAUGGCCAUUAGAGAUUUCUAUCUCGGAUUACACAGCAAAGGAAUCUUCCCUUGAGUUUUGCAUAUUCACUUUCAUUCGUCGUAGUCGAGAAGAAACGAACCUCCUUUACAGUAGCCUGUUGACCAGUGUCUGAGAACAGUGACUUACGAAGGAACUCAUUCGAGUUUGCUAAAGAAAGUUAUAUUGAGACAGCCGUUAAAGCAUAAACAUAUGUCGAAGGAAAAUGUACGUUUAAGAUCAAGUAACCCAUUAGUUCAGCAGAAAAUGCACAAAGACCCUAUUCAUGACACCGGGCCCUUUUUCAGUACCAAGGACAGAUCCCUUUCUUGGCAGCACCUGGAAGACCCUUCGAGAGCUUCGACUUGUUGACUUCUCUCUGGAUACACGCACUCCGAGGCAACACCAUCAAGCUAACCACAUAAAAGUUGUACUUUUAAUUAAUUGUUUCUGACCUGCUGGACACUGUGAAGUUCAACAUUCUUCUGGAUUCUGAUACCUUCUGAGUAUUUCAGGUGCACAGCAAACAAAGAUGGAAGUCCUCCCACUUGAAGACCAGCUCAACAUUCAGGCAUAAAAGGAAAGACAAAGAUACCGUGGCAGUGAUCAGCAUCAGGUACUCCCUUGCUAAAGCAACCUAAGCAUGAUGGUGACAAGAGAAGCCCACCUCUCCAGGCCGCUCAGGUCAUCGCCCAUCACCCCCCACUGGUGGCUCCAGCUCCUCCUCAUCACCCUGCUGGCUCCUGAGGCCCUGUCCAGCCCCAGGGUCCCACCGGCAGAGGCCGCCUCCAAGCGGGAGAUCAUCAUCAAGGGCGACCUGGUCAUCGGGGGCCUGUUCCCGGUGCACGAGAAAGGCGACGGCUCCGAGGACUGCGGGAAGAUCAACGAGCACAGGGGCAUCCAGAGGCUGGAGGCCAUGCUGCUGGCGCUGGACGAGAUCAACCAGGACAACAACCUCCUGCCAGGGCUCACGCUGGGCGCUCACAUUCUGGACACCUGCUCCAAGGACACCUACGCGCUGGAGCAGUCGCUGGAGUUUGUGCGUGCCUCGCUCACCAAGGUCCACGAGACGGGCUUCAUCUGUCCCGAUGGCACCUCGCCGCAGAAGGAUGACAUUCUGGCCAUCUCUGGGGUCAUCGGAGGUUCCUACAGCGAUGUCUCCAUCCAGGUGGCCAACUUGCUCCGUCUCUUCCAGAUCCCCCAGAUCAGUUAUGCCUCCACCAGUGCAAAGCUGAGUGACAAAUCCCGUUAUGACUACUUCGCUCGCACUGUUCCCCCCGACUUCUACCAGGCCAAGGCCAUAACGGAGAUCCUACGCUACUUCAACUGGACCUACGUGUCUACGGUGGCCUCAGAGGGUGACUAUGGCGAGACGGGCAUCGACGCCUUCCAGCAAGAGGCCCGGACGCAUCAGAUCUGCAUCGCCACCUCCGUCAAGGUCAGCCGCUCCAUGAACCGCUACAGCUAUGACAACGUGAUCCGCUCGCUGCAGCAGAAAGGCAACGCCAAGGUGGUGAUCCUGUUCACGCGAAGCGAAGACGCGCGGGAGCUGCUGGUGGCGGCCACCCGCAUGAACGCCUCCUUCGUGUGGGUGGCGAGCGACGGCUGGGGUGCACAAGACAGCGUGGUCAGGGGCAGCGAGGCGGUGGCCAACGGGGCCUUCACCAUUGAGCUGGCCUCAUACCCCAUCCGCGAGUUCGCUGACUACUUCACCAAGCUCACGCCGCACGGCAACAAUCGCAACCCCUGGUUCCGGGAGUUCUGGGAGCACCGCUUCGGGUGUCAGCUCAACGAGCCGGGCUGCGCCCUGCGGAGCCUCCGCGACGGGGCCUUCCAGCAGGAGUCCAAGAUCAUGUUUGUGGUGAACGCCGUCUACGCCAUGGCACAUGCCCUGCAUAACAUGCGGCAGGCCGUUUGUCCCAACACCACAGGACUGUGUGAAGCCAUGAAACCUGGCAACGGGAAAAGGUUUUAUCGAGAGUUCGUCCUUAAGGCAAAGUUUGAUGCUCCUUUCAGACCGGCAGACACAGAGAAUGUUGUUCGUUUCACCUCCACUGGAGACAGCCUCGGUCGCUACAACAUCUUCCACUACCACAAGGAGAACGGCAAGUAUGUCUACAGGAAGGUGGGCUACUGGGCAGAGAACCUGGUGCUGAACAACAGCCAGAUACCAUGGGGAAAUGGCGUGGUGCCCACCUCGCAGUGCAGCGACCCGUGCCACCCCAACGAAGCCAAGAGCAUGCAGCCAGGGGACGUGUGCUGUUGGAUCUGCAUUCCCUGCCAGCCCCACCAGUACUUGCUGGACGAGUUCACCUGCCAGGACUGCGGCUUCGGCGAGUGGCCUCUGGCUAACCUGACCGGCUGCUUCGAGCUUCCAGAGGAAUACAUCCGCUGGUCAGACGCCUGGGCCAUUGGUCCGGUGACCAUCUCCUGUUUCGGGAUGCUGUGCACGAUAAUGGUGGCCGGUAUCUUUAUGCGGAACAACAACACUCCGGUAGUGAAGGCGUCGGGCCGCGAGCUCUCCUACAUUCUGCUGCUCGGCAUUUGGUCGUGCUACGCCAUGACCUUCAUCUACAUCUCCAAGCCGUCGGCGGCUGUGUGCACGCUGCGCCGCCUGGGCCUGGGCACGUCUUUCGCCGUCUGCUACUCGGCGCUCCUCACCAAGACCAACCGCAUCGCCCGGAUCUUCGGCGGCGUCCGCGACGGGGCCACGCGGCCCCGCUUCAUCAGCCCGGGCUCGCAGGUGGCCAUCUGCGCGGCGCUCAUCUCCUGCCAGCUGCUGGUGGCCAUGACCUGGCUGCUGGUGGAGGCGCCGGGCGUCCGGAAGGAGGUGGGACGGGAGCGGCGCGACGUGGUCACGCUCAAGUGCAACAGCAAGGACUCCAGCAUGCUGGCCUCGCUGGCCUACAACUGUGUGCUCAUCAUCCUCUGCACCGUCUACGCCUUCAAGACCCGGAAGUGCCCCGAGAACUUCAACGAGGCCAAGUUCAUCGGCUUCACCAUGUACACCACCUGCAUCAUCUGGCUGGCCUUCCAGCCCAUCUUCUAUGUGACCGCCAGUGACUACAGGGUGCAGACUACCACCAUGUGCAUCUCUGUGAGUCUGAGCGGUUCUGUGGUGCUGGGAUGCCUCUUUGCCCCCAAGAUCCACAUCAUCCUCUUCCAGCCACAGAAGAACGUUACUAGCCUUAGAUCUAAGGUUAAUACCAAGAUCAACACCGCUGGCUCCAACUACUCCCAAGGUUCGGCCACGACCCCCGUGCCAACUGUUUGCAAUGGAAGGGAGGUAGUGGACUCCACCACAUCCUCUCUGUGAGACAGGGAGUAAGAAGAGGCACACACACACACACAUCAGUUGUCCUCCGAUGCCCUGCGUGGAUGCUGAAGACGCCCCGUGUUAGGAAGGCAAAUCAAAUCCUGAUCUCUCCACUCUCUAAAAGACUUGCACACCAGAAUAAAGCUCAAGAGGCAGGGAGCCUGUUGCUACUAAGUACUAAGACAGCAGCUAUCAAUGUGACUAUACUGGACUUAAUAAUGUACAAUCCUAACCUGUGUAGUUUUAACAUGUACCUUUUCGUGAGACACUGGGUUACACAAACCUGAAAAAAAGAAUACAGUGAAAAAACAAUUCACUAUUUAGGUUGUUUAGAUUCCGUCCUUAUUCUAUAAUGAGGCAUGCAGUGGUAUAGUGUUGUGUUGGCUAGGUAUUUAGCUAACCAUGUGGACUGCACCUGUCAUUAUGUUACUUAGCAUCCUGUAUCGCUGUAGCAGUUUUCAUGUUACAUCUUCUGUGGUCAUUGCAAAGGCUCUAGUGCUGCAGGUGCCUCUAUAGUGUUGUAGAUUCUACAGUUUUUGGGGCUCUGAUCAAACUAUGCUGCCAUGUGAUUAUGCUCUAUCGAGUUGGAGCAGUGAUGGAGGUCCACACUGUAUCUCUCAACGGGUGCUCCCUCCCAAAGUGCUGUGAAUCAAACGUCCUAUCGUCUCUUCCUGUUGAAAUAGUGUAGAUCCAAGGAAAUUACAACUAUACACAACAGUAGGUUAUUUUCCUUCUUUUGACAAAGUUUAAUGAAAUAUGGAGAUUAAUCGUGUUUUUUUUUUCAAAACGUAGGCUAUUAUAUGAAAUGUUUUAACAUAGAGUCCAGUGAGUAAGUCAGUGCUUUCUUGUAAUUUAAAUUGUAAAUAAACUUUUUAAAAUGAAAA